CCAAACAAUCGCGCGCGCGCGCCUUCCUUCCUCGUGCCGCUCGCACGCGCUCUCCCCUUUGUCAGCCGACUCUGAUUUGCUGUCGGCGUACAACUGGCGGUUCCUCCGGGCUCGUUCUCUUCCCGUCCGCCUACCUUCCUCUGCUUUAAGCCCCAGAGCCACCUCCCCUUUAAGUCCGGCUGGCUCUUCCCCCCUCGUCGCGCUCGCCUGCUCGCUCCUCUUGUGUCUGAUUUGUCUCGCGCGGCCGCUGCCGCCGCCGUCGUUAACCGUCUCGCCCGAGUCAGGCAGGGGGGAAGCAAGGCGUCCGUUGCCGCCGCCGCCGCCGCUCGGCCGUUACCAUGGCGGGUGGUUCGGCUUGCGCUGCUCGCCGCCCCCUCCCGCCGACCGUUGGACUGGCGUUCCUGGGGCUGGCGCUGGUGCUUGGGGGCCACCGGGGAGCCCAAGCUUUAUUGUGCUUGUGUUCUGAAUGUAACCAAGCCAACGCCACAUGUGAAACAGAUGGUGCCUGCAUAGUCUCCAUAACAAACGUGAAUGGGAUGCAGCAUCAUGUCCGGACCUGUAUCCCUAAAGGAGAGCUGAUUCCUGCUGGAAAACCCUUCUUCUGCCUCAGUUCAGAGGAUGUACGCAACACAUACUGCUGCUACAAGGACUACUGUAAUAAAAUUGAUCUUAUGGUACCCAGGGGACAUCAAAAAGAUGAAACUCCUUCAGGUUGGGGGCCUGUGGAGUUGGUAGCUGUUAUUGCAGGACCAGUCUUUCUUGUGUUUAUCAUCAUGAUUAUAGUUGUUUCUGUGUUUCAUCACCAUCAACGAGUAUAUCAUAAUCGUCAAAGACUAGACGUGGAAGAUCCAUCUUGUGAGAUGUGCUUAUCCAAGGACAAAACCCUGCAAGAUCUAGUAUAUGAUUUGUCUACCUCUGGCUCUGGGUCAGGUUUGCCACUUUUUGUCCAGCGCACUGUGGCUCGAACAAUUGUCCUUCAAGAAAUAAUUGGCAAAGGCCGUUUUGGGGAAGUCUGGCGUGGUCGGUGGCGAGGGGGUGAUGUAGCGGUGAAAAUCUUCUCUUCACGAGAAGAACGAUCCUGGUUCAGGGAAGCCGAGAUCUACCAGACCGUCAUGUUGCGGCAUGAGAACAUUCUGGGGUUUAUUGCUGCAGACAACAAAGAUAAUGGGACUUGGACUCAGUUGUGGUUGGUCUCUGACUACCAUGAGCAUGGCUCUCUGUUUGAUUACCUCAACCGGUACACUGUAACUAUUGAGGGGAUGAUUAAAUUGGCUUUGUCUGCUGCCAGUGGAUUGGCACAUCUGCAUAUGGAAAUUGUGGGAACCCAAGGAAAACCAGGCAUUGCACAUCGGGACUUGAAAUCCAAGAAUAUACUAGUGAAGAAAAAUGGGACUUGUGCCAUUGCUGACCUGGGGUUAGCUGUUCGCCAUGACUCUGUUACUGAUACUAUUGACAUUGCACCUAAUCAGAGGGUUGGGACAAAACGUUACAUGGCUCCUGAGGUUCUUGAUGAAACUAUAAACAUGAAGCAUUUUGAUUCAUUUAAAUGUGCUGAUAUCUACGCCCUGGGCCUUGUUUAUUGGGAAAUUGCUCGCAGAUGCAACUCAGGAGGUAUCCAUGAGGAGUAUCAACUUCCGUACUAUGAUCUUGUGCCCUCCGACCCUUCCAUUGAAGAAAUGAGAAAGGUUGUGUGUGACCAGAAGCUGCGUCCCAACAUUCCCAACUGGUGGCACAGUUAUGAGGCUUUGCGAGUAAUGGGGAAAAUGAUGCGAGAGUGCUGGUAUGCUAAUGGGGCAGCACGUCUCACAGCCUUGCGCAUUAAGAAAACUCUCUCUCAGCUGAGUGUCCAGGAAGAUGUGAAAGUUUAGUCUGCAAGUGCUAUCCGGAAGAACCUGCACAAAAGCUGCCAUGCUAGAACUGAUAAGUGAUGAAGAAGGCCUACCUCGUAUUUCUACAAAGCCUGCUGCUAUCAGCUGGACAACAUGGCCUGCAGGUGGUUCGGUGAGGAAGCUGGAGUUCAUAGACUUAGCUCCCUUCCUGGUUCAGGAGUGAAAUGCAUCUUUUUACAGAUCCCUUCUUAAGACUAUGAAGAGAGGAUUGUAUGGAGAGAUGUUCUCUGCAGCUGUCACCCUUGUUUCUCUGACGGAAAUCCCUGUAAAUUCUCAUGACAUGUUGCUUAGGGAAAUCUUGUGGCUUUGGAGAGGAAAAGAUUUCUUGUGUACUGCAAGUUGCGUGGGGUGGGAAGUUCUUAAGGACCGAUAGGUACAAACACAGGUCUUGUGUGUUUCUCUGUCUGGCCACAUGAACGUCUUCACCCUUUUCUGGCUUGACAGAUCUGAAGCCAGUACAACCAUUGGUGUUUAAGAAGUGUGCAUGUGCAAAGGUACGUGUCCCUGUGCCCCAGGUAUGUAUUGUACCCGCUUGUGCUCUUGUGCAUGUCAAAAUAUAGAGUGUCCCCUUGUGAAGUGCAGGUGCGAGUGCCCUCUUUGUCCACUAGUUGAACGAUAGCUAUCUUGUCUUUUCACUAGGGAGGGGUAGAGGGUCUGCUGUGCCAGUUGUUAGACCUACCAACCAGGGCACUUCACCAAUUGUCUCACUGCCAUCCUUCCCCUCUUUUAAAGCAAGGAAUAGAUACUGCUGUUGCUUGUUUUCAGGAGUCCCCUGUAAUGCUGGGUAGCAACACCUGCCUAGCAAAGAGAGAAAUUUACAGACAGUUUAACUUCAGCUGAAAUUGGUGCUGGUCCUGAUUUAAAGGGAGCAAGGUAAAAGAAGGGCUGGAGAAACAGGCUGACUCUAUAAGAUAAUUGUCCUUCCAUUUCUCAAGGUGCCUUUGGCACAACAAAAUAUUUUGAAUUUCUCAAAUAUGGGGAGAUAUGCAUUCAGAGACUUCCUGGCAAGAUUUGUCCACUGAGGAAUGAAUACUAUAAAACAAGUCUGUUUGUGUUUCUUUUUAAGUGUGUGUGUGUGUGUGUGUGUGUGUGUGUGUAAAUAAAUAUAGAUAUGUAUAUAUAUAGAUAGAUAUAUAUACACAUAUGGUCCCCCAUAUUCUAGAAGUUUCUGUCAGUCACGAGGCGGGUGGUGGGGGAGGGUUGGGAGUGGAUUAACUGCAUGCAUUUUGUUUCAUUUAAAUGAUCAAGGUUUAGUAAAACUGAUUUGGCUGUCAUUUUUGUGUUGGUACAGCCUGAGAUUGUAUUAUGGUACAAAUAAUUCAUUAAAACUCCAUUGUGUGGGGGUUGGGUGUUUGUGGUAGAUAACUCCUGAAGCCAUAACUUUUAACUGGAGUGGUUUGAUUAAUUUUGUUUAAUUCUUAUUUUAAUGGGUGGGUCUGGAUUUUAACUUUUUUUACUAUUCUUUGUAAGAGAAGUAAAAUUGAUAAUUACCUCUCGUUCUGUUUUUAAAGAAAUCACUGCAAAAAAACCUGAAAAAAUGCACAGAGCUCAAUUUUACACUGGAACUAUUUGUACUCAAAUCUUGAGCCCUGAUAUCUGAGGGGAGGUGUCUCCACUCUGAGACUGGGUGUUUUUUAAGACUGUAAAACAUUAUGUAUUUGCUGUCUGUGCGGGUGGGUGGUUGUUAGCGUACAUUGUGUGUGUCUGUCUCUCCCUUCUUCCCCUUCCCUUGUCCUUAAUUGUGUAGUGUGUAAAGUUGAUGAACUGUUGUGUUGUGCUUUGGAAUCAGUUUUAAUGUUCUCCUUUGGGUUUGAAACAAGCUACUUGUGUUUUGAAAUCUCAGGCACUGUUAUUCACAGAAGGAGAUGUGGAAUUUGUACUUCUGAUUGUAAAACUUGUCUUUUUCUGUAAAUUCAUCUUGAUCAUUUCUGAACCAGAGGCUACCACACAUUUCCAGAAGAGGGAAACAGCUCACAAAAAUCAUCUCAUCUCAGAUCUAAGAUGAAAGAUACCUUGAUGUUUAUAUAGAUUGUCCAUUCCUGUAAAUAAGAAAAAGGUUGUACUUGGUUGUUGGCACUGGAGGCUGAAGAUCACAAAGAUUCUGGAUGGUACACAUGUAUGUUGCAUAUGCAACAGUUCCAUUGUGUGAAUCCUCCUUGAUUUAAAACAAAAGGCUCUUUGGAGCUUCAAUUGUCCUUUGAAAUUCUGUGGUGUGGACUGUAGGAUGAACUUUUGUUGGGUAUAAGAAAUUAAUUUGAAAGACUCGUUCUUCUGAUAGGCACAUUGCAAGAAUUUUUGCAGAUCACUUCUAAUACAUACAGUAUUUCACUUCUGUGAUUUUGCAAUCCUAGUUGCCAAACCUAGAGGUAGAUUCUAUUCAGAUCAGCAGAUUGUGUUUCUUAUAAAGGCAAUUUGAAUUGGAGUGCUAUUUACCUAAUUAAUGUGUUACAGUAAUUUGUUCCUCUCUUUCAUUCUCUUUUCCUUUCUCUUACACUAUAUUUAGGGAGUUAAUGUAGGCACCUGGUAACUCCUCCUUGUACAACUCUGUUGUCUUGUAUUUAAAAGACAGCAGGUUGUAUCACAAUUACUAAUCUCAGGGUGGAUUUGAUUUAAAUCAAAUUAAUUUGAAUUAUGAUUUAAAUCAAAAGAUUUUUGUGACAUUUAUAU